AGCAACGGAGGUGGAGGGACAAGCUCCGUGCGGAGGGGAAGGGCGGGUGCCGCCGCCUUCUUUUUGCUCCCCUCGCCUUCCCCAUGCCCCUUCCCCGCGCAGCCCCCCACUACCUACCCGGCUCCGCCGGCUGGCCCUGGGCUGCGUGGAGUGACCCGCACGCACGGUAGGUCCCUCCUUGAGCCCAGAAGAGCCAGGGAAGGGCUGGUAGGUUUACCCUGGGGGCCCGGCAGGUUGCAAGCGCAGCAGGCUGUUGUUUGCCCGGGGAUUCAUUGUCAGAGCAGAAGCUCCCCUGCGUGAGGCAGCGGACGAGGGUGUGGGUUUGUGGUUAUUGUUGUUGUUAUUAUUAUCAUUGCAACUAUUUCCCCAUCUGUCCCAGUGUUGUCUAUUCCAGGGUGCAAUGCAAUGGUUCCCAAACUUUUUUCAGGCUGCUUCCCACCCCCUUUAGUUCCACAAACUCAUUCAUAGUGUCCUCUUAAAAGGCAUUAUUCAAACUAACGGUUUGCAUAAGCCGCAUCAUAAAAUUUAGAACAGGAACAAUUAAUUGCGUGUUUCUUCAGAAUCCAAUUAAAACUUUUUAGUUUAAUUCAACAUAACUGAGGGAUUUGAUCCACUGAUGACACCAGUUUCCCACAGCCUGAUAGUCAUUUAUGCCUCUAGUGCCACCCUGACACCCCCUUAGAUGUUUUGCUUUUAAGGAACCUAAAGCCACCCCCAUAAAUGACCCUUGGUAUCCUACUGCCCAUUGCAUUAUAGACUAAAUAUUUGGCAUGUGGUCCUUUUUAGCUCCUGGAGAAUUGGGUUGCUUCUCUAUGCAGGCUCAGGCCUCAUCGGCCUCCUUAACCACUAACUCGGCUUGUAGUGAGUUUCUACAUGAGCAACUGCAGACAACACCCAGGUGUUGCUAACAUGGCGCAAAUGUUAGUUUGAGGGUCAUACAUGUCUACUGCUUCAGGCAGCAGAUUGUCGAGUACAGGUGACCAACCUGUGGCAUGGGUGCCAUAAGGGGCCAGGGGUGUUGGUGGUGCACUUCAACAAGGAUGCUUGAGAAAGAGGUCCUGUGGCCUUAGAUAAUGGCCUGCUAUUGUUCCUUUCUCUUCAGUGCUGCCCUGCUACUAGCUAAAGAUACACCUGCCUCUGGAUACAAGGAGAAUUUUAUAUGCACUGAGGUGGUGUGGACUGGAGUUGUAAUACUACAUAGUGUGGACUUAGUGUGCUUGCCCAAAUGUUUGGCUAUCACUCUUCUAGAAAUACCUGUGGAAGUUUGUCCCAUCCUUGUAUUUUUUUAAGAGUCCAUGUUCUCUUGAGAUUCCACUAUACAAAGGGAGGUUGAGCUGAGCUGGAGUGUCUGGCCCAAACUCAUCCAGAGACCUUCAUGGCUGGUUGGGAAUUUGAACCCAGGUCUUCCGAGUCCUAGGCAGAAGUUCUCACACAUUUUAUUUUUUUAGGUACAUUGUUCUCUAUUUAUUUCCCACCAUAAACAGUAUGUUCCAGUAUGGCACAUACAACCUAUUUUAGAAUAGAUAGGUGAGGAAGCUGUGUUGUGCAAGAAAUACAUAGCACAGGGUUGGUACCAAAAGCAGCAGUUCAUCUCCCCUCUCCCUCAGUUUGGGUAGUAUUGCUGGCCUCAUUCUCCAUCUGGCUGCAGCCAUCAUUUAUGUAGUUCGGCUCAGGAAUGUGUGACAGUAUCAUCAAGAUACAGGGUAAGCAUUAUGGGGCGGGGCGGGCCAAUUUGAAAGUGGGAUGCUGUUUCAGUGUCCACUUUAUGUCAAGUAUUACCAGUGCUAUUUUUCUAGAAAAAGAGGUGCCAGAACUCACCACAAAUGCCUCUCUUGUUCUCUUAUAAUAGCAAUGGCGCCCACCUGAGAGGUGCCAGAACUGAGUUCUGGCAAGUUUCGGCUGGGAAAAAAGUCCUCAGUAUAACAUGUAAUUCCACCCAAAAAAUUUGCUCCUCUUCUCUCCCUUUCUGUUCCAAGGCUUCACCUGGUUUUGCGAUGUCAUGAAGGGGUUGGCUGAGACAGACGUCCAGCAGAUGAAGUAUUGCGAGCACAACAGAUGGUUUAUUGCUUAAUUUUCUGUGGCAAGCCCUAGGCUCUAUUUACAUUUAGAUAUCUCUGCUUACUUCAACUGGACCUGCAAUUCCUCUUAGCUGCUGCUGCUGCCUUUUGUAAUUGUCUUCAUGAAGUAAACAACUCAUUCUAAAGUUAUUUAAAGCAGGGAAUUGAAAUGCCGUUACUAUAACUCCACAUAUUAAUGUCUAACAAAUGAAGAGGAAGUUGGAAAAAUUAAGAUAUUUUUAAAAGAUUGCCCGAGGAGAUUAAUUUAUCAUACUCUAAAAAAAUAAUCAGAUGGGCCUUGAGAGCAGCUCAUGUUCCUUUCCUGGAACAUUCUGAGAUGGAUGGAAAUAAACUUUCUGUACAUUACAUUUGUUUGGUCAGGACCUGUUUCUUAAGCAUAAGAGUAUAUCUGAAUUGUGAUCCUUUUAUGUGGCAGAAUUAUGGAUUGUUGACUUACUCUAAAGCAUUUGAGCCAUUAUGAGGUUCUUAAAGUUAAUGAAGUUUGGCAAUUAUAAUUAACAUUACUGUCUGGAUUUCUGUGAUGAAGCCUUAAUUUGUGUGUCUGAUGUGUCAAAUUGUUUGCUGAGAAAUGGCCUUUGCUCUAUUUGGAAGACAAACACAGUUCUCGUUUUCAGUUCUGGCUUUUCAGUAUUAAAACAAAAUAAAUAAACGAAUCUGUCAGAAAGGGCAUUUGUUUUCCUUGGGAUUCUAAGUACAGUACUACAUUUACUCAGAAGUAAGUCUAGCUUUGAUCAAUGGGACUUGAUCCUGUCAAAAUCCUGUCAAAAGGAUUUUAACCUAAACCAUAGAAAGGGCUAAGCACUUACUUACUUAUAAGGAGAGUUCAAGGGCAGUCUGCUUUGGUAUCACAGUAUGGAGAAGAUUAGUGUGAGCAGCAGUUACUCCGAAACAAUUAGUGAGAGAAUAUUGGUAUCCCCCUUGUGAUACUGAUUUAUUUAUUUUUUAUUUAACCGGAUUUAUAUACUGCUUAAACAUGAAAACCUCUAAGCGGUCCACAUGAAAACAAACAAACAUUUAAGAAUACUGAUAAUAUCAGAGAUUAAAAAUAAAUUGGCCUAAUUGUUUUUCCUAAAUAUAAAUAACUAGGGGCUGUGCUCCCCUUGCCAGUCCACCACAUUUAACCCACCAGAGAUUCCUCCCCAUGCAACUACUAAACUUGCUUUUCACCCAUUUCUGAAGCCACUUCUCCCUUCUGUUCUGCAGCCCUGCUUUGCACUCCUGUUUUCAUGCCUAUACCAUGAGAACCUCCUGAAUCUUCUUCCUCCCUCUCAUCCCAAGUCCUAAGCACCCUUUCUACAUUUUCCCCAGCUAUGAAGCAUCCACCGUCUCCUAUUCUUCAGAUCCUCUCAUGCCCCUGCUUUCAUCUUCAACCUCAUUCCCAUGCCUCUUGCUCCCUCCUUUUGCAACCCCUUCAAAUAUUCCAUAGUACUUCACUCAAAACUGUUGUUGUUUAAAACCACAAUUUCCAUCUAUCCCUGCUUUACUCAAACUUCUGUCAUUGUUUUAAACCACCACUUUCCCCCUCUCAGUGUUACCUCCCUUCUCCUGUCCUAGGGCCACUGCUGUGGUGCAAACUGCCUUCUCUCUCUCUCUCUCUUUUAUUUCUUUAUUGCAAACACUCAUAGAUACAUCCAUUAUACAUAAAUAAAAUGAAAAGAAACAGAAAAAGAAUAAAAAAAUAGAUAACUAACUUCAAAAAACAAAUAUUUUCAAAUUAACUUCUACAUAGGGAGUACAAGCCUUUACACAGCUUUGGCUUGACUCCUUAAUUCGAAUCAUGACUUCCUGCUAUCCAUGAACGUACUUAGUAAAUCAAUUUUUUUUUUACAGAUAACUGUGUUUAGAUGGUAAGUCUUGGAGAAACGUUCUGAUUGCCAGUAGGGUUUAGUCAACACUAAGCCAAGUGAUUCUCUGGAAGCCUUCUUUUUCCAUACAAUUUAUAAAGACAUCCUAUCCUUAAUCUUUCUUUUGAGUGAUUUCUUAUUAGGUCUGUUAAUUUGGUAAACUGCCUUCUCUUUUCCCCGCAUCCCCUUUCCUGACUUCAUGCAAAUCCAGGAUUGUGGUGAGGUGCUACCAGUACUCCAAUGGGAGCUGCACAAUGGCAGCUCAACAUUUUAUGUAUUAUGUAUGUACAGGAAGAAAUCAUCAGGUUUAAAAAAAAAUAUGCAUUCUAAAACAAGGGGCUGGAUUCAGCUAACAAGUCCUGCUAGCAGAAGCCUGCACAAGGACUUUGUUGACUCAGUAGGGCUUUCCUCGCUUUCCUCCCCCUGUGCGCCCCAAGUUGGCUCGGGGGGGGGGGGUUGGGAGAACCCCAAUAACAGCACAGCAGGGAAAGAGAGGGCCGUUUGUUCCAUCAGGCAAGCAGAAAUGCUUGCGUUGACAGCAGUCUGGUUAGUGCUACGUUGAAUUCCUCCCAGAAUUACAUAUUUAAAUAAACAUCAAGUUUACAUUUCUGGGUAGGCUUCCCUAAACAGAAAUGUAUUUAGUAGGAAUUAAUAACAGCAAAGGUGCCUAUUGUCAUGUCAUAUGGCACUUGUAAAAAUGCCAGUUCCAUAGAUUGAAGCAGGCACAUACAGGGAGGGGGGGCAGGGCUUUUUUCCAGCCAAAACUUGCCAGAACUCAGUUCUGGCACUUCCCAGGUGGGUGCCAUUGCCGUUCUGAGAAAAUGUGGGAGGUGUUCAUGGUGAGUUCCAGCACCACCAUCCCUCUCUCAUUUUCGGACAAUAGCACUGGUGAGGCAGUCCUCCAAGUAAACUGGCUCCAGGUUGUUAAGGGUUGUUAAGGUUGUUAAUAAUCUGACAGGGUCUAGAUUUCAGCCUCCUAUUAAGGUUUAAGCCUUCCCCGCCCUCCACUAAACUUUGUUCUGCAAACCUGUUUCUGAGGGAACUGAGACAUAUCCUUCAGUGUCUACCCUGUUUCCAGAUGAGUGAGUUUGGGGGAGGAAGGAUUAUAGAACAGAUUUGUAAAAAGGCCCCUGCUUGUUGUAUAUGCCACAUGAGAAUCACCUUCAGGCAACUAAACAAGGAAGUGUCAUUAAAAAUUGUUGGGUUUUUCUCCUGCCAUAAAAUAAUUACAUAGAUAUACGUGGGCAGGUAGGUUUGUAUAAUUAGUGGAGUUAUUUGCAUGUUGUUAUGGCCAUUAUGAAUGAAUCUAAUAUCCUAUUUAUAAAGCAUUUGUUGGUUUUUAAAGGGGGGGGGGAUUCCUUGGAAAUGCUCGGCAAGCUGUGUAACAGUGUCAUCCACGGCAGCAGGAAUUGAACUUUCGACUAGGAAUUUGCACAACAAGUGUCUUUGUGCAUGUAGGAUUUUCAUAUGUACUACUAUAUUUUUGCAUUUGAUUACAGGGAAUGAUCAUUUUGAUGCCUGUGAAGUUGUAUUAACCACAAGAAGAUGGAAGUGGUGAAAUCAGCCUGUUCCGAAGAGUUCAGCAACACCAAAGAAACCCCUGAGAAACUGCAAUCUCUUCUUUUGGACAGCCUGGUGGAUGAUACUAAGGAAGCAACUGAUGUCCCCAAUCGCCUUGUGGAAUCCAGUAGGUGAUUGGAUAUACUUAUGCAGGCGGGACUUCUUGGUUUAUAGGUUUUUGAAGGCCUUCGAGUGCUUCCAAAUGUUAACUGUUUUCGGUGGGGUGUGAGGUUCAUUACCAAGAAAUCCAGGUUGUGCUGUUAUAGUUGCUUAGGAGGUCUUGCACGCAAAAACCACCCUUCUAAAAGUUUAGACUUAUUGGAAGAAGCUAAGAGAUGGGGCAGUACAUUGGAUAGUGGAGGGGGUGGGGUAAUACUUGCUUUGAUACAAUGCCACUUCCUUGCGAACAAAUCAGAGCAAACGCUUAUUAAAUAAACCAAGGUUAUCUAAUCUCCCUGAAUGCUCAACAAAUAGGUCAUCUGAAAGACCUUCAGCCUUGCUCCUAAUGAAGUUGACUGGUUGGCCAAGCAAUCCAGAGAUACACUGCUGCUAUGCAGGCAGAAUGGCUGCUAAAUCCUUUGCCCACUUAGCCCAGGCAGGAAGCGAGGAGACUUACAAAAAGACAACAUCUGGGUUAGUGUGGUGAGGCUGAUAGGAAUGGGCAGGUUGGGAGCGGGUCCCUGAUAGCUUUUUCGACAAAGAAGGUAGACUUAUUAGACUGUGGCACCGAUCUACCUAAGCUAAUCACAGCUAAGCCUCAUUAAAACAAAUGGAACGCAUUAGUCACCGCUAAUUUUAAUUGAGCUCUGAUCCAGCUGAUCUGACUCAGUAUACCAAUUAUUUCUUCUGAUUUCUUUCAUUCUUUUUUUCUUCUUUUUUCAGAGAUAUUUAGAAAGCUUCUAAGAAAUGAUGUCAUACAGGCUAAACCUGCCAUCAUGCACUUUGGAGGGUAUAUAAUGGAACAACAUCACCAGCAAGUACUGGUAAGUAAUAAUGGUGUUGUUAGGUAGCGGGCUGAAAUGAAAUAAUUACACCUGGAAUUGCCCACUGGCCACCUAUGCUCAUCUCGCUCAAGAUGUGCAUGAGCAGGACGGAGCCACAGAGCAUCUUGGACUUGGACAUUCUUAUCCUCCCCCCUCCCCCUCCUGUACAGUUGGGGAAAGGACUUUGGUAGCAUCUGCUUUUUGUUUCACUGGAUCUCGAAUUGUCAUGCCAUCCAUAGAAGGGACCAUGGUUUAGAGCAAGCCAUUGUCAGAUUCAAAAUCAUGGUUUAUUAAGCUGGCUUGUUUAAACUAGUUGCAGCUGGCAGUAAACUACAAUUCCUUGGGUUAGACAACACAGCUAGGGAAAAAUCUCUAUGUCAAGCCUAUCCACACAGAUUUAUUUUUUUCUAAUUCCCGUCUUGCUCCUUAAUUUUGACAGGAAGUGAAUUCUCCACCCUGGUUCCUCUGAAGCUUCAAACAAUUCUUGCAUAUUUUAUGUAAUAUAGUGUAAAAGUGGCUGGGACAUAAGCCAGCAUUUGAUGCAAGAGGUGAUUCAUUAGGAAUUGAACUCGAUUGGUCAGAACCGUGAAAAUCUAUGUCUAAAUCCAUUUAAAAAUAGAUUUCUCCCCCAUCCUUAGACACAAAGCAAGAUUCAAGGGAAGUGAAAAUGCUGCCAGAGCUUCUCCUUGGACCAGGGCAGCAAGUGGUGUGCCAGCUCUAAACUUGCUGUAGCUCCUUCCUGCUCAUGAAAGUGUCUCUAAACCGUAGUGUAAGCAUAAUAUAGAAAUGCGGCCACUGUCUUUUGAUCACUUUCUGAAUAUCUUUUCUAUUUCAUUUGCAAACACAAAGGGGGAGAAAACCCGUAAGAACAAUACUGAAGGAAAUGAUCGGUCAAGGAACUAUUUUCCAAAGCUCACUAGAUAGCACUUCGAAUUCAUUACAGUUAGACUGUCACUUAAGAUUUUAAAACAUAGAUGUUUGUUCUUAAAAUGAAAGGCAGAAAAAACCCUGCUUAUUUUGUUCUGCAGAAACUUCUGAAUAUUUCAAGCGAAGUUAUAAAUUUCCAUGUUAUUCCACCGGAGACAAAGUACUUUCAGAUCAAAUACAGCAAAAUAGUAAGUGUCAGUAGUAACCUUCUCAUCAUUUGCAUUUAAUUCUCCACUUUCCAUUUUCACAUUGCAAUAUAAAUGGCAGCUGGGCACUUCUUGGGAAAUUACCGUUCUCUGUUUUACAGCAACGGCUUGUCCCUGGCUUGUCCUUCACAAUUACGGUUGAUUUCUGUGCUGAUGAAUGGCGAUACUAUUAUGACUGCCUUAGAAUCCAUUCUCAGGUAAGACACCACAAGGGGGGGGGGAUGUAUAUGUGGCCUCCUCCUCACUUUGUAUGAGUGAAAUAAAUGUUGUUGUACUCCAUGAUACCGGUACAUAAAAAUAAUGGAUUGAUCUUACAGAUUAAUAAUACUCAAUUUUAUUCACUGUAUUGUCAGUCUGUAUUAUUCAUCCCUUUCCUUUGUGUUAUUUUGUUCUACCCUCAGUGAAGAGAUAACACACUGAAUUUGGGGGGAGGGAGGAGCAAACAGAGGUCUAAUGUGAACCUAAUGAGGAAAUACUAGGAGUGUCUGGUUUGGUUUGAAAUACAAUAUAGAAGUGUUCAGAAGAACAAUGGUUCCAGGUUUUUUAAAAUCCUCAAAACUGGUAAUUUUUUCACUCGAAUGCAGCAAAUUUUUGUUGGAAUGGAUUGCAGUCUCCUUAUAGGAAGUACACUUGUAAAAUUUGCAUGGGAAAUUCAACUCAGUGCUGCAGAAAAAUAAAAAUGAAGCUUCUUAGAAUGCUGAACAUUUUCAGGAAAGCUUCUAUGUUUUUCAAUUUUUCCUCAUCCCCAAGAGGACUAGAAACAUGCCUUUAAAGGCAAAAAAAUGUCAUUUAUCACCAUUGGAUGGAGAGAUAUAUCUCUGUAUAAGGCAAAAAGGUAAAGGACCCCUAGACGGUUAAGUCCAGUCAAAGGUGACUUUGGGUGGGGCGCUCAUCUUGCUUCAGGUCGAGGGAGCAGGUAUUUGUCCGCAGACAGUUUUCCAGGUCAUGUGGCCAGCAUGACUAAACUACUGGUACUUAGAGGACCAUGAUGAGUGCCAGAACACACGGAAACACCGUUUAUCUUCCCGUUGCAGCGGUAUCUAUUUAUCUACUUGUACUGGCAUGCUUUCAAACUGCAAGGUUGUUUAUAAAAACCACUGGCAUGUGUGGCUGGAAUGUAGCCCACUGUACAAUUUUAAAAGCCACAUCCAUUUCUCUGGUUUAGACUGCUCUGCCUCCUUUCUUUUAGCAAAUGUUUUGUGCCACUGGGGAAGUGGUAAUUCUGUAUUGAUUUGCUUUGGAUGUUUGUAUGUGAUGCCAAUAAAAGGUUUGAUGAUGAUGAUGAUUUCUCUGGUUUUGGGCUAAAAAAAGUUCCCAUCCCUGAUUUAGGCAGAAAGCACAGUGAUUUGGCCAUAUGGCUGUUUAAAUCUGUUUCCAUGUUCUCAUAUCUGAGAAUGGAAUAAGGCCAUAAUCCUGCGCGCGCGCGCGCGCGCACACACACACACACACACACACACACACAAAGUGACCCUGUAGUCAGAGACCUCUCUUGUCUGUUGCUGCACAGUGCCUAAUAUAUAUUUGGCACUUUUUAUAAAUAAUAAACAAUUGUUCUGAUAAUAAGUAAGUCUUGCAUCUUGGUAAACAUGUAUAAAAUCAGACUGAAGAUCUUUCCCCUACAUUGUGUAUGUUCCUAUAAUGAUAGGGGAGGCAUCUCCAUUAUUCUCUAUUGAAAGCCAGUCAUUUUUCACAAAAUUCCUGCAGUCCACGUAACCUUGGUUCUUGUAACUCAGCAGUACAAGAGGAGCCAGUUAGCAACCACCCCAGUGCAUGUCAAUUAAUAUUUAUCUCUUGUAACAGUCUAUGUAAUUUCCUUCUUGGUUUUCCCUCCAGGGAGAUGACACGUUGCUGGUUCCUCUACAUGCCUAUCCUGUGAUGAACACUGUAGAAUUUCCAUCCUUCAUUAAUUUAUCUGAUGUUUCUCUAGGACAAUGGUAAGCUGUUAUGAUUUUUUAAAAAUUAAACUGUUUCUCAUGUGUUGCUAAAAUAAUUAGCUUAAUGUGACGGGUUGGGGAGAGGGCCGAACGAAACAGUACCUUUUCAUAUGAUAUUAACUCAAUCAGGAAAUACAAUUGCAUCUGGUUUUACCAUAGCAGUGUGCUUUCAGUGGGCAGGCAUUGUAAAAUAUAUUUGAUUAUUCUGAAAGAUUAUCUGCAACUGUAAUGCUGUAUUUCUCCAAGGCUGAUGAGAUUUCUGAGAGACAGUGUUUAUAUUCCAGCAGUAUUCUGCCACUACGGUAGCCUUGGUUGUAUAAAUGCUUUUCAUUAGCACUGUGCUCUUACUACAGAGUUAUAGUACAGAGAUGAUGUAUUCUAGAAACAAAUGAAGCUGACUUAUAACAAAUCAGACCAUUGAUCCACCUGUUUCAGUAUUGUUUACAUAUAUUAACAGAGACUCUCCAGGGUUCUAGAAGGGAGUCUUUCCCAGUCAUACGUGGAGAUGCCAGAGAUUUAACAUAGGACCUCCUGUAUGCAAAACAGAUGGUCCAAUAUUGACAAGCUGAAACGUGUAUAGAGAAGGGCGAUCAAAAUGAUCAAGGGUCUGGAAACCAAGUCUUAUGAGGAGCAGUCGAGGGAACUGAAGAAGUUUAGCCUGGAAAAGAGGAGACUGAGAGGAGAUGAGAUAGCCAUCUUCAAACAUCUCAAGGGCUGUCACAUGGAAGGUGGAGCAAGCUUGUUUUCUCCUCCUCCAGAGGGAAGGACUCAAACCAAUGGCUUUAAGUUACAAGAAAGGAGGUUCUGACUAAACAUCAGGAAGAACUUUCUGGCAGUGAAAGCUGUUGGACAGUUGGAACGGUCUCCCUCGGGAGGCCAUGGACUCUCCUUCAUUGUGGGUUUUAAAGCAGAGGAAAGAUUCCUACAUUGCUGGGGUUUGGAUUAGAUCAGGGGUCAGCAAACUUUUUAGCAGGGGACCGAUCCACUGUCCCUCAGAACUUGUGAGGGGCAAGACUAUAUUUUGAAGGGAAAAAAUGAACAAAUUCCUAUGCCCCACAAAUAACCCAGAGGUGCAUUUUAAAUAAAAGCACACAUUCUACUCAUGUAGAAACAUGCUGAUUCCCAGACCGUCCGCAGGCCAGAUUUAGAAGGCGAUUGGGCCGGAUCUGGCCCCUGGGCCUUAGUUUGCCUACCCAUGGAUUAGAUGAACCUUGGGUCAUCCAGUUCUGCAAUUCUAUGAUGCUAAACCCUUGAGCUAUGACUUCCCGAUGCAUGAAAGUCCCUGGUUGUGGACCCAGAAACAUUCUCCUGAAUGCAUUCAAGUGAGGGAGAGGAAGCGCUUUGAAUGUGCUUUAAAGGUAUAGUGUGUGUGUAGCAUCUACGCACAGGCCUCAUUGGGACCAUUUUGCAUAUAUAUAUAUAUAUAUAUAUAUAUAUAUAUAUAUAUAUUUUCUUACAAAUCCUGUUCAUUAAGUGAAAGUAAGUUUAUUCUUUAAAAAAUUCUCUCCUGCGUCCCAUGAUCAAUUCCAUUUUUCACAUACACCCAUCUCACCCUGUCCACCCAUGCCUUCCUUCUUAGGAAGGCCACAAUUGCUACCCAAAUUGGAAAUGUUAAAAACCUAUCAAGCAGGAAAUCUCUUCUUCAUCCAAACUUAAAAAAAAAGAAAAAGUUUCAAGGCAAUACUACAUAUAAACUACAUUCCUUAUUUAUCAGCUAGACAGGAUUUUAGUCAACAGUUUAUAGAAUGUUGGAGGAGUUUGAGUAAAAAAUAAUUAUUAUUUUUUUUAACAAAGUGAAGAAUAUGCUGUGUUUUUCUAAGUCAUUUUGUUUUGACUAGUUAAAACCAGACAUGCAAAAAUCCUUACAGAUAGGCUUGGCUUUUGGAAAAUGCACAGGGCAUCCGGAUGUCAGCCAGCUAGGAAUCCAAAGCUGCUUUUUAAGCUUAGGGUACGCGUCUAAUCAUUGGCUGAGAAGAUGAGUCUAAUCCCAAUAACCUUUGAAUAAGCCUUAUUGAUAUCAAUAGAUGUAACUAAGCAAGAGCUGGAUAAUGGUUCCAAUAGUUUCAUGUUAUCUGUCCUGGAUGCUACCUCUUAUAACCACAGAUGGAGAAGUCAAGUUUCUGAAGGCAGCCCUGUUUAGGGAAGUUUUUAAUGUUUGAAGUUUUCUUCUGCUUUUAAUGUUCUGUUGAAAGCCACCAAGAGUGGCUGGGGAAAUCCAGCCAGAUGGACCGGGUAGAAAUACUAAAUUAUUAUUAUUAUUAUUAUUAUUAUUAUUAUUAUUAUUAUUAUUGAGUGCUGCUCAGUCUAGAUAAAAAUGGAUGUAGUUUUUAUCUGUUGAUCUAUUUAUACAUGUAGUGUACAAGUGGGGGAUCUUUAUGGGGUGGAGUAGUCAAAACUGUGACCUACAACCUGAGUGACUGUCAGAGGAGUUUGCUGAAAACUAAAUUCUAAAACACCUGAUCUAUGAGGUCACACAAUUUUUAAUUCAGGAUGUGCAGCGCAAUUCUAUACACAUCUACUCGGAAGUAAGCCCCAUUGAGUCCAGUGGGACCCCAGGCUCGCAGGAUCUCAUUUGUUUUUUGCUAGAACCCUGAGAUUCACAGAGCAAAACCUGGUGCAAAAGACACAUGCUUGGAAUUAAAGAAUUAUCAGUCCAGGAACUCACAGUGUUUCCAUGCAAGGACCCAUUGCUGGUUAUCUCAAGCUUCUGUCGUUUCAGCAGUAGAAUUUGCUGGGCUAGGCAGGUUAUCCCGUUUCAUCUGUUGUUAAACAAUUUGGUGUCAGAAAUCCUUGUUGAUCUAGAGAAAACUACCCAAAUAUUUACCUUCUGCCCAAGCCUCAUAUAAAUUAAAAACACUGUAGUGAUUACAGCUGCCUUUUCUUUCUUAUUAUUUUCAUAAAAUAAUAUAAAUUUUCAUUCAAGAUAAUAUGGUAAUGAAAAAAUACAGCAUCAGAGCAAAUUAAAUGCAUGAUUGUUUUGCAGAUUAUUGUGUUUUUUCUCUUCCAGGAAUUGCUAAUUUUAAUAAAAAUACUACUUUAUUGUCACCUGUCUCUGGUUCAUAUAUUGCAUUAAUUUGACAAGGGUUUCAUAUUCGUGUCUCUUUGUACUUACAUUUCCCACAAAUUUUUUAUUAUUUCAAUAUAUCAGGAAAGAACGACUUGUGUAACUACACAAAAUCAAAUCCAGUUAUAUAUAAAGGCCCUACAUCACUUAGUGCAGAGUCAGACUAAAAAUAAUUGCAGAAAGAACAGCAACCAGUUCAGAAAAGAUAGGGCAUCACAACAUACAACUGAAUAAGUUUGGGAUCCCGUGAUCAGUCCCAAACAUUACUGAUCCAGGUCUCUCUGGAUAUCUCUAUAGAAGACUUCCAUUGCUGAGCAACAGCCAUCUCAAGCUGCUACCAACAUGAAAGGAGCCAAAUUUUUGCAUUUAACCGUUGGAUUAAGGUCAAUUUCCAGAGCUAAGGAGGGUUUGUACUUACCUGUUCAGUACAUUUCUAUCUGUCAUGCUGCCCAGGGGUGGGCAGAUGUGCUAAUGAACAUUAAUGUAAUUAUUUCUGAUUCUUUUGUCCUGUAUCACCUUUUCCAGUAAAGAAUAUGUGAUUCCCCUGGAGUGCAGCUGUCCCAUAGAUUUUGAGUUCCACAUAGACUUUCUUCAGCCUCACAAAGCCUUUACUGUUCAUCCAACAUCUGGUAAAAUCUUGGGAGGGGGAGCAUUACUUCAUUAAUGUGUGAAUGCUAGUAUCUUAAAUAGCAUGUACUGUGUAUAUAAACAUAUUAUAGUACAAUCUGCCACCACCCCUCAUGCUGGGCUGGGUAGGUAGAUGGGUGGGUGGUUUGAAUGAGGAAAAGUGUCCCUUCACCCAGCUAAGACAUCUUUACAGCAGCUGCUGAAUAUGUGGGUUGACAGCCAGUUGAAAGCCCCAAAAUGUGGGGUUCAGUGCGAAGGGCCGACCCAAGCUGGCCCAUAAUUCUCUGGAUCUCAAGCCAAUCUCACUGUCCUGUCCACCCACUCCAGGCUGCCAUGCAUGGCAGGGCUGUAGAUAAAGCCACAUCGGUGGUAGGGAGGAUGUUAGGAUUGCCCCCUACUCCACAAAUUAAGAACAGAGAUCUUAAUUGCUACAGCCUCCCCAGUUGGAGAAAAGGAAGCCUAUGAGCAUCAAACUGCUGCUAGACUACAAUGCUCAUCAUCCCUGGAAAUUGGGCCAUGUUGCCUUGAGCUGAUGGCAUAGUUUAUCUGCACCAAGAUGCUUCCAAAAGGUUGAACUUUUGGGAUAAUCAUGUUUGUUUGUUUGUUUUUACCAAGAAGUGCCACCAGCUGCUGAACUAUACUAGUAAUUCGCUUUUCCAAUCACCUUGCCAAAUUCGCAUUACCUUUAAUGCCUCUCAAACUAAGCUUCCAAAAAUCCCUGAUUGUUCUGUACAAUUUCUUUCAGUCAUAAAAGUGCUGUGAUUUCAAGGUGAAUGCACUAACUAUUUUUUUGUUUUUGUUUUAAUUCACUCAUUCACUACAGGAAUAAUUCCUGCCAACGGGAAAGCAGAAAUUAUGGUAACAUUUGCACCAUUUGAAUACGGAACAGCCCAGAUGAAAAUGGAGUUGUGGAUUUCACAAUUUAACUCAAAACCUUAUAUAUGUGCGUUCACAGGAACAUCAUCACCACGCCCUACAUUAACGUAUGUGCGGCCGGUACUUCAUGUGCUCAUUCCUAGUUCCAUUCUGUCCCAUUUCUGCAUUAAUGUAUAUUUAAAUAAAAAUCUGGAUGAAAAUGUAUAGUUAAAUAUGUAUUUUUAAGAGUUGACAUUUUUUUUCUCAGGGUAUGCAUUUCUCAACAUAUUUUAUCCUAAAAUAAGCAUUUUUGGUAACUAAUAUGGAGUUGAGAACUGUGUCACAAAAUGCACAUCAGAAGUCACAGAAAUAUGAUUCCCUAGCAGAGAUGAGUAUUUUCAUAUUGGAGUCAUAUAAAUGAGGACUUUACAUCCUCCAAAUAAUUUUUUAGAACUUAGGAAAAAAUAGAAUCUAAAGUGUUUUCACAAUAAUGUAGGCAGCUUUCAUAGUCUCUUGGCUAGGUCUCAAGAGGCUAACUUUAUAAACUUACAAAUUCUGACCGGGCUCAGAUUAUAAUCUGAAGCAGAGAACAAUUUUUGAGAGCUCCUCAGCCAUCACCACCCCAAUUGUGCUCACUCUUUCCUUCUUCUUACCUUGGAACUCACUUGGCAAGCAUAACAGCAGAGGCAAGGAAGGAGAAGAGAGGUUGGGUAUUUGCUUGUUCUCCCCCUUCUCCAUUUUAACAUUGUGCACAUAAAAGGGUGCCUGGGCUCUGAGCACAUGUGGAAGAUAUAACUGUCUCAAGGGCUUCUGCCAUUGCUAAAGCAUACACAAUGAUUCAAGUCUCACAAUAUUUUUAGACUCCCACUUAAAAGCCAACGUUUUUUGAACCACAUCUGCAGUCCUUUGCAGAACUAUAGCUGUACUUCCAUCUAUCACAGUUAAAAUUAUGUGUCUCUUAUGAAAUCUAGGAGAGCAGACUUUGAGAAGCAAGAAGCAGUUUUGGCGAGAAUACCAAAGUCUCCACAAAAAGCAGUGGCACGGCUACUGCAGAAGACAGCAUUGCCAAAGCAAGAACGGAGCAGUCCUCUACAAAAACCACAGGUGGGGGAUUUAAGGAAAACAAUAACGGCGGCAAAAAUUGUUAGAAUGAAAUUGGGCCCAUUAUUUGUUUUGAUGUGUCACAUUUUAUUUCGUAGGCCAUUGAAUAUAAAAACUUGAGAUUCCCAGCUGAUUUGUCAAAUCCUUAUGCUGUGGCAACUGUUUUGGUUCAGGAACCAGGCAAAAUAAAGAUUAAAUACUUAAAAGAAGGUAAUAACUUGGAGUAUUACAUGUUUGUGUAAUGUGUGGUACUACAGGGCUGGAAUUUCUGGGCCUGACUAGAAUACAUGGAAACGGCAGCAAACACACUCAAUCUAAGUGUGUAAGUGCAGUGGUCACAAACUAUUUCACCUAUUUGCAUUUGCAUUCUAUUCCCUCCUCUUCCUCUGUUGUGUCCCUUGUGAUGUUUUCUAAAUUGUAUGCUCUUUGUGGUAGGGAACUUUGCUUUCAUUUUAUCACUUUCCAUCUUUUCCUCCAACCCACCUCAGGCAGAUUGGCUAGUCAGCCCUAGGAAAGUGAUUUGAAGUUGGAGGAACUUGUUCCCACCAUAAAACACAGCUUAGUUUGACUAAAUUUGGCAUCUCUGUACAUUUACUAAUUUGAUUCUGUGACUUACAAGUACUAAUAAUGUCUCAUUGUAGUUCUUACAUAAUAUGCAUAGUAUGAAUAAUUUCAUAAUUUUAUUGUAUGAUUAGUCUAUAUGAUAUAUUGUACAUACAUAGAUAGAUGGAUGGAUACUGCCCUGGUAUGUCUAUACUGUAGAUGGACAGGUGGUUAUAAAUAUUUUUGGACAAUAAACAAACAAACUGAACCAUUCCAUCUGAAUCUGAAGGAUCUUCCCCCAGUUGCAAUAAAUCACUUCCAACUCUCAUGGCCUUGCAAUUCUGAGCACUGAAGGUCCCUUCGACACAGUAUAACUUUGUGUUUGUGAGGACCACACUUAUUAACCUCCCUGCAUGGUUUUGGCCUCGGACCUUCUCUGUACUGAUACUGCCGCUGUGCCACCCUGGUCAUCAUAUGAUCACUUCUUCACAUGUGUACCACUUGAUGAGGGUUUGUUGUAUAUCUUGAAUUAUGUUAUGUAAACAAGAAACGUCUCAUUUGAAAAUAUUCAUAGAGCCGAGGUCUUAUUCCCAUAACACCUGAAGCUUCAUCAUAAACUCCUGUAAAACAGAUCUUGGUAGCAAUAUAAUCCACACUUUUUCAACAUUCUGCAGUCUCUUUAACGCCAUACUAAAUGGAAUAUUUCACCAUUUGUAACUGCAGCCCCUGGUGGAAGGGCUAUUUUACUCUGUCUCCUGAGCAUCCUGUUUGUAUUUGUGCCCUACAGUCCUAGGAGGGCAAGGUGAUGGAGGAGCUAUAACAAGGCAGGUGAAAGAAGCUGUUUUUGAAUUGAAAGUCAAGCAGGACAUACAAGCAGAGCUAACCAACCAACUUAAAUGGUGAGUGGCGCUCACAUAUUAUGCAAGCAGAAAUAAACAAAUAUAACGGCUCAUUGUAUUUAGGACUAACUGAAUACGCCGCUUAGUGUAUCUUUUGCAAAAAGUGGAUAAAGUGAUUUUAUUUUUUGCUUCCCAGUUUGUAGCUGGUGAAAAAUUAUAUGAUUGUGAUUUAUCUUGGUCAAUAACUGAACAAAAAACUUACUGGGACAUAACCAGUGAUGGUUUUGCACUAGUGGAAAGCAAUUCCGCUUUUGCAAUGUGCAAUCCCCCCCCCCCGAUAUUGGGAGGCCUUCUGGAACAGUAAGGGUUAUGACACAGGGGGCUGCAAUAGGUAGAGGAACUGGCAAAAGAUAGGCGUUGAGCAUAAGCAGAAGCACUUUCUGUGAAUCACCUCGUUGUUGAAUCUUGGUUUGUAAAUCAUUCAUGUGCCAAUACAAAUGCAGUCUUUGGGUUGAAACAAAAAAGAAGCACAGGGCUAUAACCAGAAGAAUACUUGAAAACAGAAGGGAGUGAUUCAGCCAAAAUUAAGCAUUUUGAAAUUAGGUGGAUUUCAACAGUAGAAAUUCCGUUGAAAUUACUGGGUCUUAAAAGUGCUUAAGUUUAAUUGUGUCUUGCCCAUGUCAAGUCAAUAGGCAGGCGAUCUAAAAAAUCUGCACAAUGUUUGCAUUGGAUUGAUUUACUCUUUGCAAAAGCCUUGUUAGUACAGUGGGACCUCGGUUUAAGAACAGCCCUGUUUGCGAACUAUUCGGUUUAAGAACUCCGCAAAACCGGAAGUAGUGUCCCGGUUUGGGAACUUUUAUCUCAGUCUAAGAAUGGAAACUGAAUGGUGGAAGGGCACUGGCGGCAGGAGGCCUCAUUAGGGAAAGCGCACCUUGGUUUAAGAACGGUUUCGGUUUAAGAACGGACUUCCAGAACAGAUUAAGUUCGUAAAUCAAGGUACCACUGUAAAUAUUUGUCUGAGCUGAACUUUAAAGUGAAAACUGUUCUCUCCUCUCUUAUUUGAAUGCAGGCAGGUUCAUUUAGGCAAAGAUCCAAUUUCUCCAACUUUUCAAAAGCAAUUUUCUGAAGACCGACGUAGAGAAGUAGAACUGUACAAGGUAGGGCAUAUUUUUGUUUUAAAAGAACUGUGUGGGUUUGUUACAUUGCAGGCGACAGCUGGGAUGCAUGUACCAAGGCGCUAGAUCCAUCUUGUUAGAGUAUACAAGAUGUGUUCAGGAUUGUGGCUUAAAGACUUACCUUGAGAGGAAGCAUGCACCUUGCUGCCAUUAAUUUUUUUGGAUAAUAUGUGCAGUCCCAUUUCCUGUCUUCAGAGUUCACAUGCAAUGUAUAGCAGGAAGAAAAAGGAAAGUGGGGGAGAAACAGAAGAAGAGGGGGGGCACCCACUAUACAAGGUUUCCGGGGAUAGCUUCAUGUACCCUGUAGGUUGGACAGUGGUCCUGUGGCAUCAAUAUACCAGUGCUACUUUUGGAGCAUGCCAUAGUCUUACAUGCCUAUUCAACGUAGACAAAUAGUCAAAGGGAUACAGGAAUCUGCCUUGUACUGAGUCAGACCCAUUGUCCAUCCAGUUCAGUAUUGUCUACACUAACUGGCAGCAGCUCUCAAGGGUUUCCAAAGGGGAUCUCUCUGGAGAUGCUGGGGACUGGACCUGGGAACUUCUGCGUGCAAGGCAGAUGAUCUGCGACUGAGCUACAGUCCACUUUAUUUGUAUACUCCUUUUCUGUACAUCUUAUGCUCAAAGUGGUUCACAGUUCACAGCAAAGUAUGACAAAAAGCAAUGCACCACAGUCCGUAAUAUCCAGAAAUGUAACACCCUGUCCCUUAGAGUUCCAGACAACUUUGUCUCAGCUGGAGAACGAUCUCAUCCCACUCCUUCAGUGGCAACCCAUGAAUCAAACCCAGAACUCGCCUCACUGAUGAGUUCUGCUUACAUUUUGCAAGUCCCUUGGAAGACUACAAUUUUAUUGAGCCCUAAAUGCAAGACUUUGCUUAAGGAUCCAUCAAUGUACUAAUGUGGGUAUUUAUAUAUCUUUGUUUAUGGUGCUGAGGCAGAUUAAAAGGGGAGAGCCUAUCAUGGAGAAGGAGUUUCAAAGGAAGAAUGUUGAAGUCUCAGUCAAACGUGUCAUCCGAGACAUUGGCGAGGUAGGUCUUUGUGUCAGAGUCAAAUGGGUGGAUGGGAAUACAGCAGGGAAGCUUGCCUUUGCGUUAAGAAAUCCUUGUGAAUAUAACUGGGAAACUUCCUUUCGUUGGUGUCUCUCACCAAUAGGAAAUAACAGGGGAAAGAGUCUGGUGAGCACUUGGAGAUUUAUUAGGGAGAACAGUUGUGUGGGGAUAGCCUAAGAUUGCAGCAGUAGUGUGGGGGUGUCAUAGCCACCUGAAAUUUGUUGAUUUAAAAAGAAAUCUCAGCCAGAUGCAUCCCAGAGAUGAUUGGCAGAGAGGAAGAAAUGAAACAAGUUGUCACCAUGAAGUUCUGAUUAUUGUAAUCUUCUUGCGCUUCUUGGAAAUAAGGUUGCCUCCAGGCUCUUUGUAUUUUGCUGGAGAGAUUCACUCACAUGCUGGAAAUUUAGGUUUACACAAUUAAAGUGGAUUAAAGUGCACUGGUGUAACAAAUCCACUUUUAAUAUAACAACAACAACAAUUAUUUAUUAUUUGUACCCCACCCAUCUGGCUGGGUUUCCCCAGCCACUCUGGGCGGCUUCCACAGAAACCAAAAAUACACUAAAAUACCACACAUUAAAAACUUCCCUGAACAGGGCUGCCUUAAGAUGUCUUCUGAAUGUCAGGUAGUUGUUUAUCGCUUUGACAUCUGGUGGGAGGGCAUUCCACAGGGCGGGCGCCACUACCAAGAAGGCCCUCUGCCUGGUUCCCUGUAGCUUUGCUUCUCGCAAUGAGGGAACCGCCAGAAGGCCCUCGGCGCUGGACCUCAGCGUCUGGGCAGAACGAUGGGGGUGGAGACGCUCCUUCAGUUAUACUGGCGCGAGGCCGUUUAGGGCUUUAAGAGUCAACACCAGCACUUUGAAUUGUGCUCAGAAACGUACUGGGAGCCAGUGUAGGUCUUUCAAGACCGGUGUUAUGUAGUCUUGGCGGCCACCCCCAGUCACCAGUCUAGCUGCCGCAUUCUGGAUUAGUUGUAGUUUCCGAGUCACCUUCAAAGGUAGCCCCACAUAGAGCGCAUUGCAGUAGUCCAAGCAGGAGAUAACUAGAGCAUGCACCACUCUGGCGAGACAGUCCGCGGGCAGGUAGGGUCUCAGCCUGCAUACCAGGUGGAGUUGGUAGACAGCUGCCCUGGAUACUUUUAAAGUUAAAUCAAUCUCUUUGUGGUUAGGAAAGUGAUGGGAAAAUUUAUUGAAAAGUGUAAACAAUUGAUUACAGUAAGAUCAUGUCCUGCGCAGGGGUUACAUUCUGAGGGGUGGCGUGUAAAGCUGGAAUCGUGCACAGUUGAAUCUUACCUGCCAGAGCUGGCGCAGGAUCGUACAGGGCCAUCCAAGAUCUUGUGAAGGCCUCUGGAGCCUGUGCAAAACCUCCCCAAAGCCUGGUAAGCAAGUCUGAGAGCUUAAAAUCUCUUGCUGUGCCUGGAAAACUCAGCCGGGAAAGAAACUUUAAAGCUCUCCGCCUUGCAUGUGUUUAAUUUGUGCGAUACCAGUUGGCCUGCCACUGAGCACAUAAAGCUGUGAUUGCACAAGUUAAAAGGGCACAAGUUGUGACCCUGCUGUAAUGGGAACGAGUAUCACCACUGCACAAGCAAAUCAAGAUGAAUGUUCAUAGAUGUAGAACUUUCCUGCAAACAUCAGAACAAAUGUUCCAUAAAGACUGGCCGCUGUCAAACCUCCAUGUAAGCAAAUUGGGAUGAAUGCUCAAGAAACAGGCGAUCCAGAGGAGCCCUUAGUUCUACAGAAGUCAAUGGGUCAUACUUCUGUAUAAUUGCAGAUACUUUCACCAGUAUAAAUAGGCUGCUAUUAAAUAAAGAGCUUGAAAGUGUUUAUUCCUAACUGUAACCCUUUAAGACUGAAACUGUUCCCUUUUUGUGUGCCGUGCAGCCCCCGAAAUUCUAUCCCACGUUUGAUCUCCUGCUAAACAACCCUUGGUGUCACAGGCACUGGAAUCUGCGACGGUUCCAACAAGCUGCUCGAAAGGUACUGAAACAAAUUGUCUCAGUUCAAUACUGGUGUGCCACCUGCCAGCUGCAGGAAUGCUGCUCAUUCCUAAAUCCUUCCUGAAUUUGCAAGUGUGUUUUAUAACUUUUUUUUUUUAAGUUACAGUUUUGCUGUGAAACUAUGAUUGAAUCUAUAUUGUGGGUAUGAUGGCUUCACUGCCUAAAGUGUUUGCAUUAAAAGGAAACAGUAUGCCAGCUGUUUGAUAAUCCCACCAGUCCAGCUGCCAAGCCUAAUUCUGCAUGGGUAGGAGAAAGUGGAAGUCACAGGUAGAUGCACUGCAGCAAUUAUACCAGGCCGUUGGAUGCCUCGCCUUCCGGCUUCACAAGAACAACAAACAUUCCUACACUUUAAGGUUCCAUAAGUAUGUUGAUCGGUGCUUCAGAUAGGUAGCUGUAGGCAGCUUUAAAGGCGUUAUAAUUUUUGUGCCUUCUUUUACGAAUUCAAAUUAGUUUUUAAAGGGCCACAUGCACUCUUUGUGCAUAUAUUUUCCAAGUUUGUUUCACAACUGUAAGGUCUAGAAAACCCUGGGGCUUAAAAAUGAAACAAAACAAUUUGGCAGUUUCCAGACUUAUGUACACAGAGAUUCCAGAAAAGUUUUAGAAGACACAUGCCACAUAGAAAAUGGAUUGAACAAUAUCCUAAAUGAUUCUCCUAGAUCUUGGUUCACGGCCGGCUCAAUCGUGUGCUAAGUGUGUGGCGUGGAGUAUUUAAAAAUAUGAAAACCCAAGACUGGGAAGAAGCAUUCCCAUCAGGUAAGCCCUCCAAUUUGGAAACUGUUUUUUAAUAUUUGUUUUUGUGUCACGUUGUGAAAAAUGAUUAGAAAGGAUGCCAUGACACACUGCUGUGAUGCGCACCCUCGUGUGCUAUAAAUGAAUGAAUAAAGGAACAGCUAGAAAAAUCCUUCUGUACCAAGAUGGGUUUUGUAGCACAGCCCUGCAAUGCUUCCACUAUGCUUUUUCCUCUUGUCCUCUGUGGGUGGGCCACACAUCACAAGUACUGUAAAAACAAGAAACAGGAAUGUCAUACCAUUUGCUUUGUGCCAUAAAUGGCAACGGCUACUGUCAGAUGCAGGUGGUGGUUGCUCGUGAGUAACCAGGCAGGACUCCAACCUGUCUUUUACAGGUUUUAUUUGGUGCAAACUAUUUACAGUGCGGGACGCGGGUGGCGCUGUGGGUAAAACCUCAGUGCCUAGGACUUGCCGAUCGUAUGGUCGGCGGUUCGAAUCCCCGCGGCGGGGUGAGCUCCCGUCUUUCGGUCCCAGCUCCUGCCCACCUAGCAGUUUGAAAGCACCCUUAAGUGCAAGUAGAUAAAUAGGUACCGCUUUAUAGCGGGAAGGUAAACGGCGUUUCCGUGUGCUGCGCUGGUGCUGGCUCACCAGAGCAGCUUCGUCACACUGGCCAUGUGUCUCCGGACAGCGCUGGCCCCCAGCCUCUUAAGUGAGAUGGGUGCACAACCCUAGAGUCGGACACGACUGGCCCGUACGGGCAGGGGUACCUUUACCUUUACCUUUUUAUUUACAGUGCAGAACCACAAAGUUCAUGUCCGUCUUAGUCACUUGCAGAAUCCGGGAGUGGCCCCUUCCGGCUUCUCCCCCAACAUUAGACACCCCAAAUCUCUGCCUCCCCUUUCGUUUCACCCCUCUGCGCAAGCUGGGCAAUGGAAAUGGCGUGUCUGCCUCCUGGCCAGCCGGGCUAGGUGAGGCGCUUGGGCUCUCAGCAGGAUUUUCGAGCCCUCUCCUUGCUUGGCUGGCCCCUUCCCUCUCUGCUCCACUGGAGGUGUGGCUUUCCUGGACGAGGAUCUGCUCUUCAGAAGCAUUGGAGGCUCUCUGUAUUCCCCUGCCUCCCUCCCCUGUUCUGAUGGCAGUCCCGUGACCAUUUAGGCAGAACAGCAGAAGAAAGCAUGGGGAAGCAUUGGGAAGUGGGGACACCUUCUGCCAUCAUCUUCCAAGUCCCAGGGGUCAAAAUGAGCAACGAAGGGACAGAAGUAUCCCACCGUUUCUGUUGAUCAAAAUGCAUACCCACUCUUCACUCAGUCUUAGCAUUUGUACAUUUCUGUCCUGGUUCAACAGAAAGCAGUUCCGAAACGACCAGCACACUAGCGAUAAGUGAUGAUGGAAGAGUGCCUUGUGUCCUCACGGAAGAUCGCCUGCUGCCUUCUGAAUUCCCCACUUACAGUUCGUCUCGGGCUGAUGAGCUGGUAGGUGCCUCUGUGACGUUAGCAAUGGUUGAUGAGAGUGUCGCACUCCUUUCAUUCGGUUGGGCAGCUGCUUCCUGUGGCUACAAAACUGGCGUUCUCAAGGCCAUCGAUCCCAAUUAAAAAGCAUCCUGUGGUUACCUGUAUGCCAGUUAUGAUAUUUCCUCCUCAGUCCAACCAUUAGAAAAGAUUGUUGUUACAUAAAUUGAAAACUAAUAACAAUAUUUAUUUAUUUGUUUGUUUUGAGAAGAAAAGACAAAUUUUCCUGUUUGAAAGAUGGAUAGUGGAAGGUACAAUUCAGUACUUGAGAUUACUUUUCACAAUAAUCUGCAUCAGAAAGUCUGGUGGGACCAGAAUUUUGAAAUUUCAAUUGAAAAAAUCUGGAGGAAGCACUGGUCUAAGGUUCCAUUUAAACCUUUGGGAGCUGCAUUUGAAGUUGGUCCAUGGUUCGUAUUUAACGCCAAGGCAUCUGUCUUGUGUUGCCCCAAGGGAUGUGUCUGCUUUUCUUGGAAGGGAUGCCAAGUUGUAGGCACCUACUGACCUGUCUAGUGGGACUGCCUGAGGUUUAUAAUUUCACGUUAUGGGACUUUGCCUAAAUUGCCUUUACUACUGCUCAGCCAAUCCCAUUGUUUCCACAGAUAGCAUUAUUAAUUUUCUUCUUGGCUGAGGAUCACAACAAUAAGAAUCAAGAACGAGUUGCUCACUUCUUAGUGGUGGCUCAGCCCACAUGGUGGAAUGCUGGAAGACAUUAAUUUAAGAACUCUGGGUUUCUAGUAUAAUUAAAAAAUGGCAGAUAGCCUAUUGGAAAUGUGAUACCAUCUUACAUACUGUUUUGAUUUUUUCCCCAGGCACCUGAAGCUCUUGGUAUAGUUCCUGUCAGGUCUGCAAAUGUUAAGAUUAAACAACUUCACCACUUCUAUGAAUUAAAGGUUAGAUGGCUGCUAAGUCGGGUCCUGUUUUUUACUUUAUGCUAGAUGUUGGGCGGAACGCGGGUGGCGCUGUGGGUUAAACCACAGAGCCUAGGACUUGCUGAUCAGAAGCUCGGCGGUUCGAAUCCCCGCAACUGGGUGAGCUCCUGUUGCUCGGUCCCAGCUCCUGCCAACCUAGCAGUUCAAAAGCACGUCAAAGUGCAAGUAGAUAAAUAGGUACCGCUCCGGCGGGAAGGUAAACAGCGUUUCCGUGCGCUGCUCUGGUUCACCAGAAGUGGCUUAGUCAUGCUGGCCACAUGACCCGGAAGCUGUACGCCGGCUCCCUCGGCCAAUAAAGCGAGAUGAGCGCCGCAACCCCAGAGUCGGUCACGACUGGACCUAAUGGUCAGGGGUCCCUUUACCUUUACUAGAUGUUGGGCAAGGCAUGAUCAAGAGGGAACAGGUGGCAGAUUUCUAAGUUUUCCAGUUAUUAUUUUUUAAAAUUGUAUAACUAGGUCAAGAGAGAGGGAUAUUGAUCCUGAAAUGCCUGCCAUGUGAAGUGUUUCCUCUACACAGUGUCAUGGGAAGGCAUGUGAAUUACGAUGAAUAUGAUAUUCCCUUGUUAAUUCAUUUUAGGUAGUUGUCAUUGGUUCAUUAGAGUUUUCUACCGUAUUUAUUUAUUUAUUUUUAAUAUUUUUUAUUAAAGUUUUGAACAACAAAGAAAGAAAAGAAAAACAUACACAAUACAUAUAACAAAAACACAAAAAAAACAAGAUUCAACAAUAAAAGAACAGAAAACAUAACAAUUAAAAACAAUAUCUCUUUUCCAUUUCCGUUUUUUAGUUACUUAUUUUCUGGACUUCCUCAUACCUCCCUCUUUUGUAUUCCAAUCCAAAUUGUUUGUCCAGCAAUUUCUUUUCCACUUUUUAAUCCCAAUCUUUAGCUUUAAUAAGAUAUUGAAAUAUAUAACUUCAACUUCUUUAAACCUGAUCUUUGGUCUUAGUAUCAUAUAACGUUAAAAUUUUCCCUCUUAAUAUCAAAUUUCCAUUUCUUUAAACAUCUUUUAUCCUAAUCUUUAAUCUUAGUCUAUCAUUAACUUUAACCUGUACAGCUGGAAACCGCUUAUUUUCAGUCCAACAUCACUCUAACAUUCUUUAAUUUUGCAAUGUUUCUGAAGAUAGUCUUUGAAUUUCUUCCAAUCUUCCUCCAUCGACUCUUCUCCCUGGUCACGGAUUCUACCAGUCAUUUCCGCCAAUUCCAUAUAGUCCAUAAGUUUCAUCUGCCAUUCCUCCAGCGUGGGAAGUUCUUGUGUCUUCCAAUACUUUGCGAUGAGUAUUCUUGCUGUUGUUGUUGCAUACAUAAAGAAAGUUCUAUCCUUUUUUAACACCAUUUGGCCGACUAUGCCCAGGAGAAAGGCCUCUGGUUUCUUAGGGAAGGUAUACUUAAAUACCUUUUUUAAUUCAUUAUAUAUCAUUUCCCAGAAAGCCUUAAUCUUUGGGCACGUCCACCAAAGGUGAAAAAAUGUACCGUAUUUUUCGCUCCAUUGGACGCACCGGACCAUAGGACGCACCGGAUCAUAGGAGGCGGAGAACAGGGAAAAAGAUUUUUUUCCUUGUUCUCCCCCUCCAAAACAAGGUGCGUUCAAGGUACAUUCACCAGAGCUUGUGGGGCUGGCGGUGGGGGGAAGCGCUGCUUUCCCCCACCGCCAGCCUCAAAGAUCCCUGAAGCCUUUGGAGCGCAGCGCCCCGCUGCCCUGCACAGGUUUGCGCGCAGCCGUCCCCAAGCUAGAGCAGCAAGACGGAGCCCUCAGUCUCGCUGUUCUGGCUUGGGAACAGCCUUGCUAGCUUCUGCAGGACAGCGGGGUGAAGGCACCCCGCUGCCCUGCAGAGGUUUGCGCGCAGCCGUCCCCAAGCUAGAGCAGCGAGAGUGAGCCCUCCGUCUCGCUGUUCUGGCUGGGAACAGCCUGCUAGCUUCUGCAGGACAGCGGGUGAAGGCACCCCGCUGCCCUGCAGAGGUUUGCGCGCAGCCCUCCCCAAGCUAGAGCAGCGAGACGGAGCCCUCCAUCUCGCUGUUCUGGCUUGGGAACAGCCUGCUAGCUUCUGCAGGACAGCGGGGUGAAGGCACCCCGCUGCCCUGCAGAGGUUCUGCGCGCAGCCCUCCCUUGGAGCAGGUUUGCACGCAGCCGUCCCCAAGGGGAGGGCUGCGCGCAAACCUCUGCAGGGCAGCGGGGUGCCUUCACCCGCUGUCCUGCAGAAGCUAGCAGGCUGUUCCCAGGCCAGAACAGCGAGAUGGAGGGCUCCGCCUCGCUGCUCCUAGCUUAGGGACGGCUGCGCGCAAGCCUCUGCAGGGCAGCGGGUGCCUUCACCCCGCUGUCCUGCAGAAGCUAACAAGGCUGUUCCCAAGCCAGAACAGCGAGACAGAGCGCUCCGCAGUGCUCCGUCUUCCUGUUCUGGCUUUGGGCUUAGCGGCGCAGCCUGCAUUCGCUCUAUAGGACGCACACACAUUUCCCCUUAGUUUUUGGAGGGGGAAAUGUGCGUCCUAUAGAACGAAAAAUACGGUACCUUCAGUUUCUUUACAUUUCCAACAUUUGUUAUCGGGCAAGUGAUAGAUUUUUGCAAGCUUGACUGGGGUUAUGUACCAUCUGUAUAUCAUUUUCAUAAUAUUCUGUCUUAAGGCAUUACAUGCCGUAAAUUUCAUACCUGUGGUCCAUAACUGUUCCCAGUCAGCAAACAUAAUAUUAUGUCCAACGUCCUGUGCCCAUUUAAUCAUAGCCGAUUUUACCGUUUCAUCCUGAGUAUUCCAUUUCAGCAGCAAGUUGUACAUUCUUGACAAAUUCUUAGUUUUGGGUUCUAACAAUUCUGUUUCUAAUUUGGAUCUUUCCACCUGGAAGCCAAUUUUCCUGUCCAAUUUAAAUGCCUCCAUUAUCUGAUAAUAAUGAAGCCAGUCUCACACUUUGUUUUUUAGUUUUUCAAAACUCUGCAAUUCCAGUCUAUCUCCGUCUUGUUCCAAAAUUUCCCAAUAUUUCGGCCAUUUGACCUCCAUAUUGACCUUUUUCAAGGCUUUCGCUUCCAUUGGUGACAGCCACCUUGGGGUUUUGUUUUCUAGCAAAUCCUUAUAUCUUAACCAAACAUUAAAUAGCGCUUUCCUGACAAUGUGGUUUCUAAAUGCUUUAUGUGCUUUGACCUUAUCAUACCAUAGAUAUGCAUGCCAUCCAAAUACAUUAUUAAAACCUUCCAAGUCCAAAAUGUCAGUGUUUUCAAGAAGUAGCCAUUCUUUCAACCAGCAAAAAGCUGCUGAUUCAUAAUAAAGUUUAAGGUCUGGCAGGGCAAAUCCACCUCUUUCCUUUGCAUCUGUUAAUAUUUUAAAUUUUAUUCUGGUUUUCUACCGUAUUUCAAUUCCUUUUCACUUUGUCCAAAGGUCCCUCAGCAUUUCACCCUCAUGGCAUAUCAGCCAUUCUGUGUGCACCAUGCGGCAACCAGUUACAAAGUUCCAAAAUAUUCCCAAAUUCUGAGGACCGGUGCAGAGGUAACAAAACUUCUCCAGUAUUGCCCCCCACCCCUUUUCUCGUGUUAAUCUUAGCAUUUGGUGGUUCAAUAAAUACUUUUUAAAAAACCUAACUAACAGAAAGACACCUUUCCAGAACAUUUACUUUCUGCCUUUUUAUCAGGAAGAGUUGAUCCCAGUAAUACCGGCUUCAGAGGAAAAACUCCAGGCACAAGAAGACGAACUGGACACCACCCUGCUAAACCUCAGAGCUCCCGAAGCUUUGCUUCAUCCUCCAACCGAUCAUCCACUUCAAAUUUUCGUAAGUAAAAAAGGGCAGGCCUCAGGGCCACAUCCUGAAUGGCUUGACUACAGUGGUACCUCAGGUUACAGAUGCUUCAGGUUACAGACGCUUCAGGUUACAGAUUCCACUAACCCAGAAAUAGUACCUCGGGUUAAGAAAUUUGCUUCAGGAUGAGAACAGAAAUCGUGCUCCGGCAGCAGCGGGAGGCCCCAUUAGCUAAAGUGGUGCCUCAGGUUAAGAACAGUUUCAGGUUAAGAACGGACCUCCAGAACGAAUUACGUUAUUAACCCGAGGUACCACUGUAUUCAGUUUCCUGACUCCUUAUUGGUUGGCUGUCUUCAAAAGAAGCAAGAAUUGGGGGUGUGGUCUGUGGCUCUUGCUUCAGUGUCGCCCUUCGUUUCCUUUUCAGAAUCCUAGCCCAGGACUCUGUGAGUUCAAGCAGCCAUUUCCCUACACAGAAAGCAGCAUUGAAUAUCAUAUUUGCCCCAUUCCGAAAUACGAACUUACCAAGCAGUUCCCAGCAAAAUCCUGCAUACCGAUGACACAGAAGAAGUUCCUUCAUCACAGGGUAAGGGCUGUUGAAGUCACUGGGGAUCCAAGACAUGGGAGCUUGUCUUCUUUUACUGGCUAAGAUUGCUAGCAGAAUUUUCUGAUGUGUGGUCUUUUCAGGAGGUGAUUCACGGCUUAACCGGCUGGAGAAAAUUCCCAUCAGUUAUCCAUUCAACUUUACCUAAUGUACCUGCUCUGAACAACAUACCAAUGCCGUUCUGGUAAGUAAGAACGAGUGCUUUUGUUGAAGCACCUAAUUAGGUUUAUUGCACCUCAGUUGUGUAUACCCGAAACAACCCAGGGAAUGUCGCAAGACUGAAAGUGUGGGCUUCCUGACAGGCUACUGAUAGGCUAGUUCGUUUACAGUUUACAGUGGUACCUCAGGUUACAGACGCUUCAGGUUACAGACUCUGCUAACCCAGAAAUAGUACCUCAGGUUAAGAACUUUGCUUCAGGAUGAGAACAGGAUGAGGAGGCCCCAUUAGCUAAAGUAGUACCUCAGGUUAAGAACAGUUUCAGGUUAAGAACGGACCUCCAGAACGAAUUAAGUUCUUAGCCCAAGGUACCACUGUACUAUUAACUUAUUUCAAAGCAUUCGUAUCCCAUUCUUCAGAUGAAAAACGGUGCUAAGAACAACAGCCAGGUGGUCCCGGACCAUUGCUCUGUACUUUGGCCAGAUCAGAUGAGCCAACGAUGAGUGCUCAUCUGGCAGCUAGCCAUUUAUUUGUUUGUUUGUUUGUUUGUCCUAGGCUUAUUAAUAUCAAAGUGAAAUGCUUGAUUUGUGCAUACGGCAUUGCAUGUGGUCAGUAGAGGUCAGGCUAAGCCUAAGUUACUCCUCAAUGAGGAGUUGAGGGAAGGGGAAGUUGGCUGCUAGAUUUGUUCAAAGGAAGAACUUAGCUCGGCAGAUUGUGGCUACUGUUUUGUCGACUGCUUAGGUGGCCCCAAACCACUUGGGUUUGAAGGAACAAAGGGUCUCUUUCUAAGCAACACUCUUACAAUGCAAAUGGCUCAUUUUGAUCGGAUUUUUCUGUCUACGCAUCGGGCACAUUCCACACAUUUCUGGUUUUUUCAGUCAUGGAUUCCUGCUGUUCCACCACUUUCCACCCACACCAUUGGCAGAGCGUUUUUGUCCAUCCCCUCAAAGUUUUCUGUGACCCGUAAGGUCAGACCCUGUUUUAUGUGUUUAAAGGUUAUGAUGGAGGUAGGGAGGGUCAUAGCAUUGUGUUCGCUCUUGUUUCUUUUAUAACAUUUUCAAGAAUAACAAUAGUUACUAAUAAAAACAACUUAAAAGACCCAACAGUGAAUGUAGACAACACACACACACACACUACAUAUUCCUUAUUUUUCGUUUGAAAGGCAUUGAUAUAGUUAUCUAUGAAAAGAUAACAUUAUGGAGAGGGUGUAGAUUGUGUUUCUCCCAUUCUCUCCUACCUGCAUCACUGUGGUUCUGUCUUCCGCAGCAUUGAUCCCUACAAUGAAGUCAUGAUUCCAAAAGCUGUACCUCCAAUACUGAAUGACUUGCCAGAGCAUGAUAAGGAAAGUGUAAUCGACGAGUAAGUUUCCUCUGCGCUGUUCUUUUGAAACAAUUUUGUUGUGUUUCAAGCGCUGGGACUUGAUAGCAAACGUGUAUGUGUAUGAUUAAAGGUGUACAAGGUUGCUCUUGUAUGCAUGAUGCUUGGGUUCCUGAAUGACAAGUUAGGCUACAGUCCUAAGCCCACUUAAACCUGGGAGCAGCAGGAUCAGUGGAGUGGUGAUGGCAGGGCAGUGUUGCGCACCUUGCUUCCCAAGGGUGAGCGUCUCUGCUGCCAUUUAGAGGGUGCGGAUGGCGGCAGAGUCAAUCCAGUGCUGCUGUGCCCACACACCCCACUCAGCUCCCCAAGCCUCACCCCUCUCCCUCUUGGUAAGCAAAAGCGACAUCAUUGGGAAGCCAAGCUUGCAACGCCAUCCUGCCUUCAUGGCCUCACUGAAUUAAAUAGAAUCUGCUUUUGUGUAGACAUGCCCUCAAACAACUUUAACAAUAAAAUAGCUGUCAACUUCAUCUUCAGAGUGGCUGACGUGGAGUCUCCAGUAUUGCUUAUACCAGAGAUGGUAAAAGCUGAAUUUCCACAGAUUGACCUCUCUUCUGAAGAGAACAGAUCACAAAAGUAUGGAAGGUAAGCCUGUUCCCAUUAGAGGGGUGGGGAGUGAACCACCUGGCCUAAGAUGAUAUUGGACCAUGACUCCCACUAUUGCUGGCCAUGGGUCAUAGUAGGUGGGGCUGAUGGGAACUGGGGGUCCCACACAACCCUACGACAAAAUGUCACACAGCAGUUAAGAACGUAUGGCAGCCCAUGUCGGUAGUGUAGAUUUUGGUGAAAUUCAUCAAAAAUAGUUCAAAAGGGCACAUUAUUCUUUUAGAUUUUGCAAAAAAAAAGUUCAGCAACCAGCAACUUGCCCCCCCCUCCCCCAAUCUGUGUCUGGAUUUUUUGAAAUAUGGCAACAAUAACCUUCAGCUAUUGUUUCCCUCUAUAAGUAGAUGAAUAUCAUUGGUGGUCAUCUUUAGCCACCCCUGAAUUAAUAAUACAGCACAGUUCCUAAUGCACAAUUAUUUUGAUUUGUUUUAUGUUUUUGCCAUUCCUUGUAAAGAAAUAACAGAUGAGAUCGAAACUGAGAUUUAAUUGUACUGACAGUUGGUGGGGAAGGCAAGCAUUCAGGUUGUGCAGAACUGUUCUGCUAAAAAAUAAUCCUUUGUACUUUGGAAGCCUGUUACUGCGCCUGAGUUCGGUUCAAGCUUGCUUGGAUUUCUGUAGUGAAGCAAUAAAUGUCAUAAUAUUGACCAAACCUAUUUAUAGCAUGUAAGCCCUAAUUAAGCUGAUAUGUUCUUAAGUCGAAGCGUAUAGAGAAGCAAAGAUGAUGGUGAGAAUGGCCCUUGGACUGUGUAUCCAUCUAAUUAGCUUUAUUAAUCUGAGUUAGUGUAUGAAGAUGUAGUCUGCAAUCCUAUUUAAGGAUAAGGGCUAGAGUAGGCAUAAAGUGUGUUAAAUGCAUGAAAGAAUUUAAUGUCCUUUAAAAAAAAGAAACCAUGGAAGAUCAGCAUUGGGACCAUACAUUUAACUUGUAUGUUUAAAUAAAACCAGCUGGGGGAGGAUCAGAACCAUAGCAUGAGACAAAAAUCGCUCCCACCCUAUGCUGUCGUUUAUACUGGAAUAAGUUAUCAUAGCCAUCAGUAGCAGUAACACUUUCCCUCCCAGGGGAAAUGGCAGCUUAGAAGCAGGAGGAUUUUCACUGGGAACACAGGAUGGGGGAAGGUUAACCCCUUCCCUGCUUGCAUGCCAUGGUCCAGACCCUCUGACACACAUACACACCCCACUGCUACUAAAUGGCAUUUCCAUGCGCUCUGGCACUCGUCACAGUGUCCCUUUGCACCAGAAGCGUUUUAGUCAGUGCUGGCCAGAAAGUUGUCUGUGGACAAAUGCCGGCUUCCUCGGCCUGAAAAGCAAGUUGAGUGCCUCACCCCAUAGUCAAGUUUGACUGGACUUAACCAACCAGGGGUCCUUUACCUUACAACUAGUAAAGGUAAAGGUACCCCUCCCCGUCCGGGCCAGUCGUGACCGACUCUAGGGUUGCACGCUCAUCUCGCUCAAGAGACCGGGAGCCGGCGCCGUCCGAAGACACUUCCGGGUCACGUGGCCAGCGUGACAAAGCUGCAGCUGGCAAGCCAGCACCAGCGCCGCACACGGAAACGCCGUUUACCUUCCCGCUAUAAAGCGGUACCUAUUUAUCUACUUGCACUUAGGGGUGCUUUCGAACUGCUAGGUGGGCAGGAGCAGGGAUCAAGGAACGGGCGCUCACCCUGUUGCAGGGAUUCGAACCGCCGACCUUCUGAUCAGCAAGUCCUAGGCACUGAGGUUUUACCCACAGCGCCACCCGCGUCCCUAUACCUUACAACUACUACUAAGAAAAAACAGGCAUGCUAAAUGCAUUUAUGCAUUAAACAUACCAUUUGCUCUUACUCCUAUUGUACGCAACUGAGGUUCGCUUCUGAAGGCUGUUAUGAUCCUUGCAGCAGUUAAGAAUUACUUUCUCUUCCUAGUGAAAUAAAUAUAGAGCUUAAAGCUGCCUCAUGCACAUCUGUGAGUACUUCUGCACCUGUUUCCAGGUAAGUGAACAAUGUGAAUAUGAAUAGACAUUGUAUUGCUUUGCUGGUAUAGUUAAGUAGAAACUGUAAUGAUCCUUAUUGAUGGAUACAAAAAGGCUACUAAAUGGCCAUUAUUCUGUGGACUCAGUAUAGGAACCAAGCCCCACUGCUGCCUACUUUAAAGGAGAUUAGAUUGAAGAUUUAUGGGCAAGAUGGAGCAUGGUGGAAUUCAUAUAUAUGUAUGUUUUAUUGGGGGAAAUAAAUUAGGAAAGUAUAUAACAUUACACAGCAUUUCUUGCAGUUGGUAUGAUACAAUUUUGUCCACAGUAUUUGUUUUAUGCAAUCUGGCUCUUGGUUUUUAAGCCACAAUAUGAAAUAUUAUUAUCAUAAGAAUAAACAACAGGAUUUACAAUUUCAUGAAUUAUAUGUAAGAUUACAGUCAGUAUACAUGUCCACAUGUACUGGAUAUGUAUAUAUUAUCUGUGAGAGGAGUUAUAAUUACAAGACAUUGUUUCUAACAAUAUAAGCAAAUAUAUAAUGUGUGAACUGCCCUGAGACCUCCGGGUAUAGGGCGGUGUAUAUAAAUUCAAUAAAUGAAAAAUGAAGUGGUGUUGGUAGAAUAUAUUCCAUCGGUUUCAGUAGCCCUUGGAUUUUCUGUAUGUAUACCAAAAUUUGGAUAUGUUUGGCUUGUGUGAUGCACUUUUGGAUUCACUCAGAAUGUGGGCCAUUAUAUAUGAUAGACUUCUGAGUAUGGCAGGCCAAACAUUUAACUUCCGAACAGGUUCCUCUCUUCCCAAUCAUUUGAAUGUGCUCUGCCAAAUGUUGGCUACUUCUAGUUAGUGCUAGCUCCGGCUGCUCCAGGAACAGUCUAGUUUGCUUUGUUUCAUGUCCUGAACUUUUUCCUCUAUCCUUUUUCAGAGAUAUAAGAGACAUUGUGGACUGGUAUAUUCAAACUCAGAACAACAUUUUUGGACAAAGGAUAGGUGAAUCUAUGGAGAAACUGAAAGAAAAGGCCAUUCAGAAGCACCUAAUCCUCAACUAAAUACUGUGCUUGAGAUAAUUUCAUGCAUCAGCCAAACUUUCUACAUUUUUUUAAUGUAGCAUAGCUUCUUGUGAAAAUAAAAGCUCUACACACUGUUAUAUUUUCAUGUGAGGACCCUGAACAUUGCAGAUUAUAUGCCACGUGAAUUGGAAGUAUAAUAUGUUUCAUUUCCCCUCCGUACCUAUACAUCGGUUGCUUCAGAAAAUGGGCCUUAUUGUGUAUAAGCUGGCUUGCAAGAGCAGCUUCACACACUAACAGAGAGAAAGGUUGAGGGGAAAACACCAGGUGAACAGUUAACAUCAGUGGUGGGAUGCCCUCCCAUCUUUAUUAUUUUAUACAAAGCUGCUUCUGAGAAACCCUGUGUCUAGAUUCUUUGACAACCAUGUUGCUGUGUAUAUAUAUUUUCCCAUAUAGAUGUUUGGUCCAUAGCUUACCCACCUGUGCAUACACAGAAAGAAAGAGCACAGUGUUGUGUAUCUUGUGUGACAGCAUUAAUUGCUUUCUGAUAAAAAGGUAGAAAAAAACUGAUGCGCUCUAUAUUUGAGUUCAUUGCCUUCUGUUUAAUUGUGGAAUAACAACAAUUAUGAACUGUACCUCAGACUCUAGCCUGGACUCUUUGACUUUCUGGAUUCAAAGGGUCACUGUUUCCCCUCAAGAUCUUGCAGGCAGGUAGAUUAGGCAUAAUGAGACAGCAAAGUGAAGGGGAUUGAAAGUGAAUUAUCACAUCGGCCCUGUCAUGGGCCUGUCAAGGAGCCGACUGGUUGCAUGUUCAGGAGCUGUCUCAGUGACAGACAGCGUUAAACGUGAAGUUUGAUAUAUUUUUUUUUUUUAUGAUCUGUGAUAUUGUGUGUGUUGACGCUGGUCUGUGACCGUAUUAAUAAAUUCAUUCAUUCAACGUGAAGUUUGAUUGGAAACGGGAACUUAGCCUGAGGAAAUGUCAUGUAAACUAAUGUCUGUAAAUAAGUUUUCUAGUAUU